ACAUAUUUGUAAGUAGUACAGAGAUAUGCUAGAGCAGUGUUUAGAAGAAGAAUUCGAGUAAAGCUUGAGAUUUUACAUGGCGGCACAGUUACUACUAACUCAUCCAAAUCCAUUACAACUACCACUCCGCUGCCACCGUCAACCGCCCACAACCUGGGAUUCCGUACAACGUCACGAUGGUAGAAGAAUCUUUUGUUUAUUCUCCUCUUUCGAUAAUAACAAAAAUAAUAAUCGUAACAGCAGCAAGGAUCUAGCCAAGAAAGCCCUAGAAAGUGCACUUGGUGGCAAGAAAACAGAGUUUGAAAAGUGGGACAAAGAAAUAAAGAAAAGAGAGGAGCUAGGCGGAAGUGGUGGUGGUGGUGGAUCGUGGUGGCGCAGAUGGUUUGGUGGGUCAGAUGGUGAGCAUUUUUGGCAGGAAGCUCAGCUAGUCAGCCUUACCCUCUUAGUACUUGCUGCUAUGUUUCUGAUACUUGCGAAAGGUGAUGUUUUGUUUGCGGCUGUCCUGAAUCCGUUGUUGUUUACUUUACGAAGCCCGAGAAACGGAUUACGCUACAUAUCAUCCAAAAUUCGUAGAAAGCUAUUUCCGUCCACUGCUGCUAAAUCUGAUAAUGUUCCCAAGCAAGAAUUAUAUGCACGUACUUCUGCCAAAGAAUCUGUUGUUAGCAAAUGGGCUUAGCUAAUUUAUCGUUUCAAAUUUACCCAUGAAUGUUCAUUUUUGGUAAGAGAUAUUAUUUACUUAUGCGGAAAAUGCUGAACGAUAGUUUUUCUUAGCGAUUCACAGCAAUGGUGUCACCUGUAAUGUUUGCGUUGUACAAUGAUGAAUCCAGCAGAAAGCUGUUAUUAUUAUAUACGGUUGAUUGUAUCUAUCAAGUUAAAGAAAUGUAGUUACUGGAAUUUGGAUAUUACACGUUUAAGAUUA